UCUAGAGAUCAAUUCUAAUCUAUUCUAAUCGAUUCUAUACUAAUCUCAAUCUGUUCUCGAUCCGAAUCAUGACCGUGUUCCAUAUACAACACGUCUGCGUAAAAUAUAAACCACUUGCUCUCUGCGUCUUAUUGUACUACAAUAACAGUGAGUGGGGAGUUGUUUAGAAUCCAGUCACAAUAUAUAGCUGCAAUAUCGGAUAAAACCGAAAGAAAGCCCGUACUGUGUCCUUUAUUUGACCUGUUUCGAAACAGGACAUAUAUUACAGAGGAAAAGAGCAUCAUUUGGAGGAGAAAUCACGUCCUGUCUGAGUCAAGGAAUCCAGUCAUCAGUUUCAGAAAAGAGGAACGAGAAGAAAAUGCUUUCAGGUUACAGCGAGGAGAGAAAAGGAGAGCAGUGUGAAAGGUCCAUAUGUGUGAACAAUCCUUAUUUGGAUUCUAUGAAAGAAGACAUACUGUACCAUCUCAACCUGGAUACAGCCAAUCAUGACCUUCCAAAGCAGUUUGGGGAUGUUAAAUUUGUAUGUGUCGGGGGAAGUCCGUGUAGGAUGAAGUCCUUCAUCGAGUACGUUGCUAAAGAGCUGGGUCUAGAAGAUCCAAAAGGAGAGUACCCAAACAUCUGUGAGGGAACAGAUCGCUAUGCAAUGUAUAAAGUUGGACCAGUGCUGUCUGUUAGUCAUGGCAUGGGCAUUCCCUCGAUGUCCAUAAUGUUACACGAGCUUAUCAAACUCCUCUAUCAUGCCCACUGCACUGAUGUCACUAUCAUACGCAUCGGGACCUCGGGUGGAAUAGGUCUGCAGCCAGGCACAGUUGUGAUCACCAAACAGGCAGUGGAUGCCAGGUUCAUGCCCCGCUUCGAGCAGGUGGUCCUGGGGAAGACAGUGGUGAGGAGCACGGAGCUGGACUUUGAGCUUGCAAUGGAGCUGCUGGAGUGUGGGAAAGAGCUGGGAGAGUUUGAGACUGUCAUUGGGGAUACCAUGUGCACUCUGGACUUCUAUGAAGGUCAAGCUCGUUUGGACGGCGCUUUCUGUUCAUACUCUGAAGAGGAUAAACAGCACUACCUUUCCGAGGCGUACGCAGCAGGAGUCUGCAACAUCGAGAUGGAAUCUUCUGUUUUUGCUGCCAUGUGCAAACUCAGUGGUAUACAAGCGGCUGUGGUGUGUGUGACCCUUUUGGACCGGCAGAAAGGAGACCAGCUGACCAGCUCUCAUGACGUCCUGCUCGAUUACCAACAAAGACCCCAGACCCUUGUUGUCCAUCACAUCAAAAAGAAGCUUAAUAUCCUCAAUAGAAGUUAACUUUUCUCCCUCUCUCUUUUUUUAAUAUACAUUCAUAUCAUUAGAAUGUAAAAAAAAAAAGACAAAGACAAAGUUUUUGGGGAUAUCUUACUCUGGCUAUAUCUAUAGUAUUUUAUAUACUUUAUUAUAUACAGACUUGCUUUUGCUAGUAGUUAUACCCGAACAUUAUAUAAGAGAACACUUAUAUUUAAAGAUUUUAUGACACUUUCUAUGUGCUUGAUGUUGUUAUUUGAAAUAACUCAUAGAAUAAAACCCAAAGCUAAUAUAUAAAGAUUAAAGCAAAUUGUUUGUGUCCCAGUUUGAAGAUUCCACAGCACUUACAUCACUCCACAUACCGCGAACACAUUCCGCAUGCCUGGCCCCACACGUCCAUACCAACCCUCUUUAUUUCUUUUCAGUGUGCUGAAUCCAGCUAUUGUGAUUGUAAAGUGCACAUGGCUGCAUAUUUUCUCUCAUGUAUGAUGCUUGGGUUUGUUGUAGGGCUGCAACAAAUGAUUAUUUUGAUAAUUGAUUAAUCUAACGAUUAUUGGAACGAUUAAUCGACUAAUCGUCGAUUAUUGUUAAUGUCAUUGACGACUAAUCAGUAAGUUUUGAACGAUUAUUCAGCUUUUUCAAUUAGUUAAAACAUUGAGUUAUACAUAUUCUAACUAUAGUAUAAAAAAAGAAAAUCACUUCAGCUUUUGAAAUGGUUGUUUUAAUGAACUUUGAUACUUCGGGUAUCUUUUAAUUAAAAGAUUUUUUUUUUACACAAAUGAAUCAGCUGCAUUACAGACAAUAUAUAUAUAUAUAUAUGUCUGAAUGUAAACAUCUCUUGGCAGCAGUAUUAAGAGCUUCAUUUGUAAAACAAGUGUUCAGUUUAAUGAAAAGCAGUAUGUAACAGUGUCCUUUCUGUACUGGCCUUUUUUGGAUUUUCAAAUAAGUGAAUUAAAAUGAUCUCUGGAAAAAAA